UUUCGGUUUCUAUUCUUCGCUUGCUCCACUACCUUCUCUAAGGGAGUGCGCCUCUCCCAAUAUCUCCUUGGAUUGCGAUCAGCAGAGAUCGAAAGAUGUUUGAUUGCUUAGUGGGCGGCAAAUUCUCCGUAGGAUGCAAGCACGCGGUGAAGCGUAUAAGGUUGCGUAUGGACGCGAUCGUGAAGAAGAAGCAGGCCACGGUGAGGCUACUCAAGAAGGACGUCGCCGACCUCCUUGCCGCCGGACACGAGUCUAAUGCCUUCGCGAGGAUGGAUGCACUCAUAUGUGAUAUAAACCGAGCAUCUUGCUAUGAAAUGAUUAAUCGGUUUUGUGAGGUUGUCUUGAAUCAGCUUCCAACCCUACAAAAGCUGAGAGAAUGCCCUGAAGGUGCAAUGGAAGCAGUGUCAACUCUUAUUUUUGCAGCGGCUAGAUUCUCUGAUUUGCCAGAACUAUGUGAUCUUAGGCGUAUGUUUACAGAUCGAUAUGGGAGUCAUAUGGAACCAUUUGUGAAUGCUCAGUUUGUUGAGAAAAUUCAAAAGAAGGCAUUUCCCAACGAAAAAAAGAUGCGUACGAUGCAAAAUAUCGCAGAAGAGUUCUCUGUUAAAUGGGAUUCUUGGACAUUUGAGCAUAAAUUAUCGAGUUCUCCUGCAACCAAAUAUGAACAACCUGAGACAGUUGCACUGCAUCCUGUGGAUGAUGCAACUCCACUAGUGCCCAAUAAAGGCAGAAAGGAGGAGACUUCACCAACAAAAAAUCGUGAACUAACAUCUAUGGCUUUUGUGCGGCGGCACAAGCAAAUAGAGUUUGAUGAGAUUGAAAAUGUCGAACCAUAUCUGACCAGUUCGGUGGUUCCUUCAUGUGGUAAUCAAAUAAGCAAUCAGAAGUAUGACAAUGUCGGUAGUUGGUACAAUAAGGUAGCGAAGGAUCGAAGAGGCUCUGAGAAGCAAGGAGUUUUCACAAAAUCUCCAAAUGAGAAACCAACAACUAUCCCUUCGUACGGCAAAUCAAAUGGGAGCAAAAGUAAUAGCCGAGUGAUGGAGAAUAGUGGAAAUCGAAAUGGCUCACAGAAUGAUCAUGUCGAAUGGUUGGGUCAUACCGAAAAGGGUAGAGAUCCAAAUGGAUCUGUGGAUCAGAAAAGUAGAACAACCAGAAUGCUACCUCCACCUUAUGUAAAGCCAAAAGUCAAUAGUUUUGUUACUGCUGAUCAAAUGAUAGAAAAACCGAGUUUUGCUUGCCCUGCCAAACCUUAUGGCACUUGGGAUGACCAGCAGAAUGGAAUCAUUGGCGAUAUGGAAAUGAAGCCUACUGCUUUGUGCAGGAAGUCACAGCAUUUAGCAGUCAGUAAUGCCAAUGAUAGAGUGCUCACUGAAAUAAGUGAUCAGAUCAUCUAUGAUGACAACUACAGAGCCGAAACCCCAAGAGAAAGAAGAGGAAAACAUAAGAGCAGGCAAACUUCUGGUGUCGUCAGUGAGUACUGCAAUGAGGGAAAAAAAAUAAAGAGACAUCAAUAUGAACCUAUUGACGAUCAAGCGGACGAUAGAAGACACUACAAAAGUAGGCAUGUUAUUGCUGGUGCUAAUCCUGAUUACUAUAAUGACGGACUCCCUAGAGAACCUAUUGAAAGUGAGAAGACUGAAGGAAGAAGGCAAACAAGCAGGAAGAGUGCUAGCACCGUUGAGGACUACUAUGGUGUGCGGAAGUCCAGAAAUACACAUUCAUUCGAACCCUUUGACGAUGGAUUGGACAUCCAAAAACAAUUCAAAAGUAGAUAUGGCGCUGAUAACUAUGGUUAUUACUAUGAUGAUGGGAAAGCUUUCGACAAUGAGAUGGACAACCAAAAACGAUAUACAAGAAGGAAUACCUACAAUGAGUACUAUAAUGAGGAGAACACUAGAGAUGCACAUCCAAGCGAACCCAUUGAUGAAAAGUUAGAUAAUAACCAGAGCCGACACAGAGGCAGGAAGGAUUUCAGUAAACAUGGUGCUUACUACAGUAAGGAAAAGAGGCAUUCAGGAUGGAAGAGUUCUAGUAUAACUUGUGAGUUUUAUGAAGAGAUGGGCACUGCCAUAGAGCAUGACAAACUUGAUGUUAGAACACCAAGCAGGUCUGAAAAGAGCCGAGGCAGACAUAAUGCUUCUAUCUACAAUGAGUACGAUGAUGAAGACAAAAUUAUGGAUAAGCUCUUGAUUCAUUAUAGCAGAAAAGGAACGCCAAAACACAAAUCAAGGAGAAGCAGAACUCCGCUGAGGGAUCAUGUCCUCAGUUCUGAACGACCAAGAGUAUCUGCGCCUAUUGAAAGAGCAGUACCACUGUCACCUGAGCCAGUUAGACCUCCUGGAGAUUCUAAGGUUCCUACUCCAGCUGCAUCAAUACAGCCAGACUCGCGAAGUCCUAAUGGAAGACGAGUACAUCCCAAACUACCGGAAUAUGAUGACUUGGCUGCACGUUUUGCCUUCUUAAAGAAGGAUCCCGUUUGGUGGCGAACAAAUAAUUCAGAGGUACUAAAAACUAAACUACAUGAUCCUGUGGCUCGAUUGGUAUUUUAAAAUUCCCAUUGGUAAAUUAUAACGUACGAG